CCUGGGUCCCAUCGCUGGAGAGGGGAGCUGCAGGACCCCCAUGGGAAAGUGCCCUGUACUAUGGCCCUCGGACGCCUGGGUCCCAUCCCUGGAGAGGGGAGCUGCAGGAUCUCCGUGGGAAAGUGCCCUGCACUACGGCCCCCGAACACCUGGGUCCCAUCCCUGGAGAGGGGAGCUGCAGGACCCCUAUGGAAAAGUGCCCUGUACUGCCAUCCCCAAGUCCUAUCUGCAGGGAUUGCCCUGGGCUCAGCAUGGCGGCGCUGCGGAUGAUAUGCCGAGCUUCCUGCACAGGGACACCACCCUGCCUGAGUCUCACGCGGCUGCUCAGUGUUACAGCCUCGAGAAAGUCCUACAAAUAUGUGAAUGUACAGGAGGAGAAAUCGGACAUGAAAUCCAUCACGGACCGGGCUGCUCAAACCCUCUUGUGGACAGAGCUCAUUCGAGGUCUGGGUAUGACCCUGAGUUACCUCUUCCGGGAACCUGCCACCAUCAACUACCCCUUUGAGAAGGGCCCCCUGAGCCCGCGUUUCCGGGGGGAGCAUGCCCUGCGCCGCUAUCCGUCUGGAGAGGAGCGGUGCAUCGCCUGCAAGCUCUGUGAGGCUGUGUGCCCUGCUCAGGCGAUCACUAUUGAGGCCGAGCCACGUGCUGAUGGCAGCCGCCGAACCACCCGCUAUGACAUCGACAUGACUAAGUGCAUUUACUGCGGGUUCUGCCAGGAGGCCUGCCCUGUGGAUGCCAUCGUGGAGGGCCCCAACUUUGAGUUCUCCACCGAGACGCACGAGGAGCUGCUGUACAACAAGGAGAAACUGCUCAACAACGGUGACAAGUGGGAGGCCGAGAUCGCGGCCAACAUCGAAGCUGACUACCUGUACCGGUGACGGCUGGGCCCCUCACACUGCCCAGCCUGCUUCCUAGACCCCCCUCUGCAAUAAAGGGCCUACACCCAGGUCCACAG